GUACGGAACUGAGUCAACGCGUUUUUCUGAUUCAAGAAGGGUAGGGCGCAGGGCGGCUGGCCCCCGCAAAGAGAGCAACACAAGUCAGCUACUUCCCCAGCUGAAGCGGUUAGCUAUCGAAAUCAGUCGAUGCCUUCAGAUGAGAUUUAAGACUUCACUGUGAAUUUAGCUGGUUUGACGCUAAUUCUACGUUGGCCGUCUGAAAAUCACAACCGAACAAAAUGUCAGAUCCUGUGGUGGCCGACACUCGCCGGUUGAAUUCCAAGCCCCAGGACCUGACUGAUGCUUACGGCCCCCCCAGCAAUUUUCUGGAGAUAGACGUUUAUGAUCCACAAAUCGUUGGAGUCGGACGGAGCCGUUACACAACUUACGAAGUUCGCAUGAGGACAAACCUUCCCAUUUUCAAAUUAAAGGAUUCCUGUGUGAGAAGAAGAUACAGUGACUUCGAGUGGUUAAAGAAUGAGCUGGAAAGAGACAGUAAGAUUGUAGUACCACCUCUGCCGGGCAAGGCCCUGAAGAGACAAUUGCCAUUCCGCAGUGAUGAGGGCCUUUUUGAUGAGUCGUUUAUCGAGGAGCGGAGAUCAGGCCUGGAGCAGUUUAUCAACAGAAUUGCAGGUCACCCCUUGGCCCAGAACGAGCGAUGUCUUCACAUGUUUCUGCAAGAGGAAACCAUUGACCGUAACUACAUUCCUGGAAAAGUAUGAAUGAAACUUGGAUACUGUACACUGUACAGAAAUAUCUGCGUCUGAAAAACCAAGCAGCCAAUUGUACCAUCGUUUAAACCUUCACGCAGUAUGCCCUGCAUUUUCAGUGUAACAGUUCAUUAGACAAAGUUUAUGACUAAUGAACUAAGUCAGUUGAACCUAUUGUCCAUACAUACAGCAGCAUAUAAACCAAAAAAAAAAAAGUGCUGCUUUUCACCUGCUGCUCAUUGGUCACACGAAAGUCUUAAAACAGCAUCAUGGCAUAUUUUGACAAAAAAAAAACCCCACACUGCACUGCAUGAUGCUUAUUGGUGAUGUCUGCUGCACAAAUGCUCAGGAAACCAGUUGUUAUGCCAUGGAAACUGCAUGAAAUCCUCUGUAAUGUACCAUAUUGAGCUUGUGUUAGAUUUGCAAUCACAACUUCCUUACCCACCUGCCUGAUUGAAUAAGGGUCACUUAUCUUUCAGUCCAGAAAGGUUUUAAAGAAGUAGAACUAGGUCUCCUGACCUUCCAAUGCAAGUAAAGAGUAGGAGUUAGCAUGUCCAGGGUAAUUCCUUAUUAUUGCCUUAUAUAUGUGUGGUACUAUUAAAUGACAGAGACCCCAGUGUUGUGGUUCUGUUCAGUGUUCUUGACUGUACGUAGGCUGUAGAGCCCAAGCAACUGCCGUGUCUAUAAUCUGCAUGGUACAGAUUAAAAUCGGGGUUCCUGGAUGUAUAGAAAAUCAACAAAUGUAUAAAACAUUUGAGUCAUUUGUGAAAUUUUCAGUUGACCUAAAAUGGUGAAAAAGAGAGGGCGCUGUUGUAUGGACCCAGCCUCAUUUUGUUGUCAUGUGAUCCUUUCUGUGGGUAAUCACAUUAGUCAGUGUGCACCAUUAGGCUCUAUUUAAAAGGGUGUCAUUCAAAAAACACUGACCGAAUCCACGUUUGUAUGUCAUUUCUCAUGUUUUUUUUUUCCCUCUCUCCCUCUCUCUCUCUCU